AUGGAUCCACGACACAAACUUUACAAAACACUCGACACUCUUACGAUCGAUUCAGAAAAUACCAGAGCGAUGAGUGCAAGAACGGAUGCGGAGGCCACGAACGUGCAGGCUACCUCCGGCGUUACCAUGGAAGGAAUCAAGAAGAAACUGGAAGACGGACUCGGUGCAAUACAUGUUGAGAUUGAAGAUUUGAGUGGCGGAUGUGGACAAAUGUACGAGGCUAUUAUCGUAUCACCACAAUUUGCCAAGAAGACAACUCUAGCACGACACCGGCUAGUCAACAGUACGCUGAAGGAGGAAAUCGCAGCGAUACAUGCGUGGACACCAAAGUGUCAUACGCCGGAGGAAUGGGAGAAGAAGAAACCACAGUAA